AUGGGUUUUUGAAGCCCAAUUUCAACCUCAUCUCUAACCUAGAGAGAGAGAGAGAAGGUUGCAGCUAUGCAAAGCUUGAAGCAGCGCCGCCGUGAAACCAAGCAGCGCCGCCGUGAAACCAAAAUUGAUCAGUGAAACCAAAAUCAUCACUGCCUGUGUUGUUGGUUUGGAGGAUACGAUUUAUAACACAGUGGUUCACGUUUCUUCUUUCCUCCAGCCGAGAAUCGCCGGAAACACAAACACCGUGGUUCACUCACUUCCUCCACCAAGCACCAGCUCGCCGGAAUCACUUCCUCUAGCAGCUCACUCUUCCUCUCGCAGUGUCAUCAAGUAAGGUAAGGUGAGAAGAUGAAUAACAAGGUGGAUAUAGAGACCGGCUUAAGACUCAUCAACAGGAAGGAUGAAAAUUUCGAAGAGUGGUAUUCCGAGGUUGUCGCUAGUGCGGAAUUGAUUGAGCACUAUGAUAUUUCUGGUUUAUAUAUUCUGAGACCAUCUGCAGUAGAGAUAUGGGAGACUUUGCAAGCUUUUUUUAAUCCAGAGAUAAAGAAAAUGAAUGUUGAGAGCUGCUACUUCCCUAUGUUUGUGCUAGAAUGUCAUUUGAAAAAGGAGAAGGCCCAUUAUGACGGUUUUAAGCCAGAGGUUGCUUGGGUAACAAAGUCUGGACAGUCUGAUUUGGAAACUCAUCUUGCUGUUCGUCUAAGUAGUGAAGCUAUAAUAUAUCCCUAUUACUCUAAGUGGAUAAGGGGACACCGCGACUUGCCUUUGAAACUUAAUCAAUGGUGCAAUGCGGUUAGAUGGGUGGUUGGAGAUCCCAUACCAUUAAUCAGGAGUCGUGAGUUUCUUUGGCAAGAAGGACACAGUGCUUUUGCUUCUGAGGAAGAAGCAGAUGCAGAGGCUCUCGAGAUAUUGGAAUUAUAUAGGCGUAUAUACGAAGAGUAUUUGGCAGUUCCUGUCAUAAAGGGUACGAAAAGUGUAGGGGAUACUUGUGGCGGUGCAAUUUUCACCAAUGCUGUUGAGGCUUUUAUUCCAAACAUUGGUCGUGGGAUACAAGGUGCAGCUACCCAUUGUUUGGGACAAAAGUUUGCUGAGAAGUUUGAGAUAAACUUUGAAGAUAAGAAGGUAGAGAAAACAAUGGUUUGGCAGAACUCAUGGGGGUUUUCUACUCGAACUAUUGGAGUGAUGGUGAUGGUUCAUGGUGAUGACAAGGGAUUGGUGCUACCGCCUAAAGUAGCAUCAACUCAAGUCAUUGUGAUUCCAGUGCCUUACAAAAACGUUGAUUGUGAAGGAAUCAAUGACGCUUGUAAAGCAGCCGUGAAGAUGUUGCGUGAAGAAAAAAUUCGUGCCGAGUUAGAUUCUAGAGAUAACUAUUCUCUUGAAAGAAAGUAUUCUGAAUGGGAAAUGAAAGGUGUCCCUUUAAUGGUUGAAAUUGGGCUAAAGGGUUUAGGAAAUAAGCAGGUUUGUGUUGUUCGACGUGAUAAUGGUGCAAAGAUUGACAUUGCUAAUGCUGAUUUAGUUGAAGAAAUAAAAAAGUUGCUCAAUAAUGUUCAACAAAAUAUGUUGGAUGUUGCAAAACAGAAACGAGAUGAAUGUAUUCAAGUCAUACAUACAUGGGAUGAGUUUGUAGAAGCUUUGAAUCAAAGGAAGAUGAUCUUAGGUCCUUGGUGUGACGAGAAGGUGGUAGAGUUAGAUGUUAAACAAUGGACAGAGAAUGAGAUGGGAGCAGCAAAGAUUCUCUGUAGUCCCUUUGAUCAGCCAGAACUCCCAGAAGGCACCAAGUGCUUUGCAUCGGGUAAGCCUGCAAAGAAGUGGUCAUACUGGGGCCGAAGUUACUAGUCACAACAUCAACAUUCUUCUCUCUGAUCCAAUUUCAGAUUUUUUUUCUCUCUAGCAAAGUGGGUUCCCCAUCCCUUUCCCUCGUACAUAUAUGGAAUUGACAUGCAUGAGAGAUUUAAGUAAAGGGAGUAGUAAAUGUGACAUGCUGUGCACAUAAAGUAUUUGAUGUUUUAGGCGAAUUUGACUUUAUGUGUGUGGGGUUUAAACCAACUAGACUCUAACAUGUGCGAUGCACGAUUUUUUUGUUAAUUCAUAUUCAUUUGAAAUUCAGUAACAUUUAACUAUGAUAACUA